CCUCGCCGGCAUCAUGCCCACUUCUGGCGCCGCCACGCCGCAGGCCAAGGGCUUCCGCAGGGCCGUCUCCGAGCUGGACGCCAAGCAGGCCGAGGCCAUCAUGUCCCCGCGCUUCAUUGGGCGGAGACAGAGUCUCAUCGAGGACGCGCGCAAGGAGCGAGAGAAGGCAGAGGCGGCGGCGGCGGCGGCCUCAGAGCCCGGGGAGGCUCUGGGGGCUGGUGCCUGGGUGGAGAGAGAUGGGCAGGCCCAGCUGAGUCUGCUCUUCACCCUUCGGGGCGCCAAGACCACUCCGCUCUCCCGGGCCCUGAAGGUGUUCGAGACUUUCGAAGCCCAAAUCCUGCACCUGGAGACCCGGCCUGCCCUGAGGCCGAGGGCAGGGGUCCCGCACCUGGAGUACUUCACACGCUGUGAGGUGCCCAGCGCCGACCUGCCCGCCCUGCUCAGCUCCCUGCGCCGGGUGGCGGAGGACGUGCGUGGCGCCGGGGAGAGUAAAGUCCUCUGGUUCCCAAGGAAAGUCUCCGAGCUGGACAAGUGCCACCACCUGGUCACCAAGUUUGACCCGGACCUGGACUUGGACCACCCGGGCUUCUCCGACCAGGUGUACCGCCAGCGCCGCAGGCAGAUCGCUGAGAUCGCCUUUCAGCACAAGCACGGUGACCCUAUUCCCCGUGUGGAGUACACCGCGGAGGAGAUCGCCACCUGGAGGGAGGUGUACACCACCCUGAAGGGGCUGUACGCCACCCACGCCUGCCGGGAGUACCUGGAGGCCUUCGGGUUGCUGGAGCGCUGCAGCGGGUACCGCGAGGACAACAUCCCCCAGCUGGAAGACGUCUCCCGCUUCCUGAAGGAGCGGACCGGCUUCCAGCUGCGGCCCGUGGCCGGUCUGCUGUCCGCCCGGGACUUCCUGGCCAGCCUGGCGUUCCGCGUGUUCCAGUGCACCCAGUACAUCCGGCACCCCUCCUCGCCCAUGCACUCCCCCGAGCCGGACUGCUGCCACGAGCUUCUGGGACACGUGCCCAUGCUGGCCGACCGGACCUUUGCUCAGUUCUCCCAGGACAUCGGCCUAGCAUCCUUGGGGGCCUCGGACGAGGAGAUUGAGAAGCUGUCCACACUGUACUGGUUCACAGUGGAGUUCGGGCUGUGCAAGCAGGAUGGGCAGGUGAAAGCCUACGGGGCCGGGCUGCUGUCCUCCUACGGGGAGCUGCUGCACUCCCUGUCGGAGGAGCCCGAGACCCGGCCCUUCGACCCCGAGGCCGCGGCCCUGCAGCCGUACCAGGACCAGACCUACCAGUCCGUCUACUUUGUGUCCGAGAGCUUCAGCGACGCCAAGGACAAGCUCAGGAGCUACGCCUCGCGCAUUCAGCGUCCCUUCUCUGUGAAGUUUGACCCGUACACGCUGGCCAUCGACGUGCUGGACAGUCCCCAAGCGGUCCGGCGCUCCCUGGAGGGCGUCCAGGACGAGCUGCAGGUCCUCGGCCACGCACUGAACGCCAUCGGCUGAGUCCAGCGGCAGACCCUGGAGUCCGGGGGGCUGGCCUUCGGUCUCUCGGCCCUUCCUGGCCUCCCUGGCCCCUGUGGGGGACUGGGUCACAGCUCCCCAAGUGCUUGCCAGAGGCCCUCCCUGCAGAGAGCACCUCGUGACCCCGCUGCCCUCCUUAGCUCCGACCGCCAGUGCCCUCGUCCCGUGUCCCCCGCGAUGCUGUGUGCUGCCCCUUUGCAACCCUAAUAAAGAAAGAGGCCCCA